AUCAUCCCUCUUUCCCCUCCGUCGUCGAGUUCCGUAUCCUUGCUUCUCCAGACAGGCGCUGGUAGCCUUUUGCUUCUCCUUCAUCUUCUCAUCUCCUUCCUUCAUCUCUCAAUCUCAUCCUCUCCAAAGCGACGAGCUGUGCUCAUCGUCCCUCUCCAAUCCAACUCUUCCACUCAUACAAUUCUGAAACUCGUAGGACUGGUUCCUAUUGCUUCAGAUUUCCCCACAGCAUUGCCUCUACAUACGUCAAAUUCAACCCCCCACAGCUCUUCAGCAUGUCUCCUAACAGCAAAUUCUCCUUUGCACCUCACUUUGCCAACAUGGCAGUCCUCCUUGCCGUUGCCUUUGUACUGGCAACCCACAACGUCGCAGCAGCCCCUGCCGUCGGCAACGAAGGGGGUGUUGUAGCAUCCUCUCAUCUCGUUGAAAGGGCUGAUGUGUCGAUGGGCUCUAUCGCCGCGAGCGAUAUUGCGCGUGGUCUGCAGCUGGAGAGGGCCGAUCACCCCCUCUCCAAGCGACGUCUGCGUCGUCACCGUGCGGGCCUUCAUGCUCGCCGAUCUCUUCCACGUAGGCAAGAUACCACCGACGGAGACGAUGACGAGGGCAGUGAUGAUGACGGCGAGGACGGAAGCGAGACCGUCACAGCCACGACUACCGACCUCGAUCCAGAGAGGACUGGCAGGGCUACCCCCACUGAUAGCACCACCGUCUCGUCCACACAGACGGUCACUUCAACGGCGACCUCGCUUGUCUACUCCGAGUCCUCUACAUUGACCACAAAGGAGACGAUCACCUCCACUCUCGUGCCCGAGGAGACCUCUUCUACCUCGGACUGGACGCAGACAUACACUGCUACCCUGACAAUGGGAGUCAAUGGCACAUCCUCUACCGACCAGUCCUCUUCCAAGGCCACAUCUACCAAGGCUGCAGCCUCCUCGACGGAUCUGGACCCAAAAAUUCCCGUCGUCACUUCUGGCACUCUGGAGAAGGCGGUCACAACUGACACCGACUCGUCUACCUCGACUCGUCGACACAGGCCACACCAGACCAGCAGCGCUGACGACGUAGAGAAAUAUACCAUUGGCACCGUCGUUUGGACUCAUUCGGCCUCUCCAUCUCCCUCAUCCUCUUUCAGUGCAGACGCGCCGCGUAUCACCGUCGAUGGAGCCGUGUGGGUGGACAUGUCCUUCAUGGUUCCCGCCUCGCUAGUCGAAUCCAUCAGCAUGAGUCGAGGAUCUUACGUCGCCCAACCUUCUGCGACUGCUGAUCUCAGGAAGCGUACGGUGACGGCGACUGCUUCAGCUCCACCUCUGCUCACUGGAUCUACAUCUGCUACUGCUACAGCGACAGCCACUGCUGGCGAUGACGAUGACGAUGAUGAUGACGACGAUUGUGAGGACGAGGAUGAGACGAGCACUUCGGCCGACGUAAAGGCUGCUGCUACCUCAUCCGCCAAGACGACGUCCUCUUCAAAGAAGACCUCAUCUUCCUCAACCAAGACGUCUUCCACGACCAAUGCCUUCCCGACUGUAGCUAACUCCAGUAGUACCAAGUCGUCAAGCACCAAGACCUCCACCACUUCCACCAAGGCUUCAAGUACUUCUACCAAGACGAGUACCCCAACCACCAAUAGCUCCUCCACCACCUCAAGCUCAAGCUCAACUGCCGCCUUUGACACCUUUUGGGACUCUUUCCUCGGUCUCUUCAAGGAGCUCGCAUCGGGUAAUACCACUGCCUCUGCGGAAAUCCCCUCGGAAACGAGUAGUAUUUGGAAGACUGUCAAUUCCGCCUUUGGAUUUAGUAAGAGGGACUUGGGAUUGUUGGACGGAGAGGAGUGGGAGGUGAGGGAGGUGGAGCCAGUGCUCUUUAUUAGGGAGGAUUGAGAGAGAGGGGGGGAGGAAGCUACAGAGGGAGAAGUCUUCGAGAGCAGAAUCUCGGUCCACUUGAGAUCGGCUGAUCGAUGGGUCAUACCGCCAUCUCGUCCUGCCAGCAACCUUGUGAAUAGAUCUUAUGACACUCUUUCUCCUCGCCGUUUCGUUGCCCUCCUGCCUGCCUGACUCACUGAUUUGAUUGCCCCAGACAAGACUCCUGGCGCCUGCGGUCCAAGAAUCGAUCUUGUCUAUGUUCAGACGCCGCACAAUGCAGCAAGAGAGCAGCAAGGCGGGCGAGCCUGGCUGGCGGGACAAACAACGUUGCCCGCCUUGACGAGACGAGUGGGAGCAGGCAC